UUCCCGCCCGGCCAGAGGCAGAGACAAGAGCCUAGAGACAGGAGCCUAGAGACAGACGCAGAGACAGAGGCACCGCAGAGGCGCCUCCUUGUAGUCCCCGUUUCCUCUCCGCUGCCCCCGUUAGCCCACGACAAGCUGGAGCGGAAGCUGCCGGACAGCGUCACUCGCGGGGGGUUGCUCCGCGAGUCGGUAUUCUCGGACUGGAGAGAUGGCACUGCGCUGGAAAACACCGAGGAGCUGCAGAAGAACGACCCGUUAGCGACGCAGAUAUGGAAGUUGUACAGCCGGACCAAGACCCAGCUGCCGAACCAGGAGCGGAUGGAGAACUUGACCUGGCGCAUGAUGGCCGUCAGUCUGCGAAAGGAAAAGGAGCGAGAACAGGCGCAGGCCAGGCUGGGACAGCAGAACGAGGAAGCCCAACGACCACAGGAGCCUGCUUCCGCUGCUGAGCCCAUGAACGUCGACUCGUUCGUGGCUCCAUCGUCCUCCAUCAGCUCGCCUACGGGCUUCUCUCCCUCGAUGAGUGAAGAUCCUUCCUCCCAGCAUGCCGUGGCGUCGGCAAUUCCUAUCAGGAAUGCAAAGGAGGAGCAAGAGGACUCUCCCAUGGGCAUCGUCAUGCCUGCCUCGUUCCCUCAUCAUCCGCAUGUUGGGACUCAGACCAGCGAGUUCGGCUAUGUCCAGCGCAGAGUCAGGAAGACCAGCGUUGACGAACGAAUCACUGAUAUAAUGAUACCUCAGGCCCGAAAACGACCAGCUGAGUCGUCUCCUCAUGUUCCCCCGGUGCAUGGAUUGAUCAUCUCCCAUGAUCCAGAUCCUGAUGCGGGCAUGACUGACUUCACUCUGGACCAUCACCACGGCCACAGUCAAAGUCAAAGUCAGGGCCAUCAUGGCCACAGCCACGGCCACGGCCAUAGUCACAGCUUUACCCUGGGAAGCCAUCCACCUCACCCUGCUCCUUUGAACCUGGAUCCCUUCCAUGUUGACGACGUUGCCAAUGCCCUGGACCAUCCAUCCUUCACCACCGGCUUCCAGCUCUCCCCCACAGAACUGUCCCAUAUCCAGAGUGGAGCGUUCUCCAACCUCUAUUCGCAUACCCCACUAGGCUCUUCCAUCAACUCUACCGAUUUCUUCUCCUCAACGGCCUCAGGCUAUCACUCGGCUGUCUCAACCCCCCAGCCAGGCUUCGAAAAGGACCACUCCGCCUCAUUCCAACACCCGGUAGGCUCAUUCCACUCACAUUCGCUCUCGAACCUUUCGGCCCCUGCAACAUCCCGGUACAUGUACCACCAUGCUGGCAACGACCACUCGUUCAACAUGGCUGGCAGUAGUGGAGCGUCCUCUGUAGUCAACCCGUCCGGAUUCAGCAUGCAACAGCAGCAGCAGCAGCAGCAGCAACCACACUUUAGCCCAUCUACCUGUCAGCCCAUGACUGACUCUUCUGCUCGGCCGUCAACCAGUCUGUCUUCGGCAAAGGGACAUGUGUUCAGCUUUGGCGGAGAUUCAGAUAAUGAAGAGGAUGCUGGAAACGUCUUUCUGGACCGUAACAUGGACCUGUCUGCGGACUUCAGCAUACUCGACGACGCUACUAUGAACUUUGGUUCGGGUAUGCAAUGGGAGGGAAGCUAUACCGGCUCCAUUAAUUCAAUGCCGUCCGCCCACAGCCAACCGUCGAAACCGCUAGUGAUGGGCGCAGGCGAUCUAGACGAGAGAAGCAGUGACUGGGCUCAGCUUGGAAGUCUAAACCGAACACACGGGUCAGCCGCGUCUGUAACCGAAUUGCGUAACCGCGAUCCAGAUCCGAGAAGGCAAAAGAUCCCUCGCACAAUAUCUACUCCAAACGCUACCCAGCUCCUUCGACAAGGGGGUGACAAUACCAACAGCAUCGCUGCUAGCAACAACGCAAACAACAGCGGCUUCAAAUCACCGCAUUCCCCCAGCUCCGGGCCUAACAGCAACUCCCCCUCCCGGCCUGCAAGUCCUGGCCCUGGUGCCACGAAGAACGCCGAACCCGCUGGUGCAACGACGUCGUGCUCCAACUGUUUCACGCAAACUACUCCCCUCUGGCGUCGUAAUGCCGAGGGCCAAUUCCUAUGUAACGCUUGUGGUCUGUUCCUCAAACUCCACGGCGUCGUACGGCCCCUCGCUCUCAAGACGGAUGUCAUCAAAAAACGCAAUCGUGGUGGAGGAAGCAACGUCGCUGCAGGCGCUGGAGCUAGAGCAGGCAAGAAGACUUCCCGCAAAAACUCCACCAACCAGACUUCUGUAUCUUCGGCCCCCAUCCCCACCCGGCCAUCGGCCCUGUCCCAGCCCCCGACUCCAAUCUCGAGCACGCCCUCCAGCACAGGAACCACCCCUACAUCUAGCUCUGUGCCUACAAGAACUACCGUGCCAAUAGCCGCUGCUCCCCCCAGACAACCUCUCCCCAUCACUUCGCCCGGCAGCAACGUCAACGUCACCCCUACCACAGCCUCCGGCACACCGUCACGACUCAUCCCAGGCCGGCCACGGUGUCUUGAUAAAUCGUCAGUCUCAGGGAUGUACGCCAAUGUCAGAAACCCUCCCGAGCAAGACUUGUCAGGCAGACAAAGAGUGACCCAGGCACCGCCACAGCAACCCCGUCAACCUCCAGCAGCAUUCAACCCAGCUCACCACAGUUUGGCGGCUGGCGCAACAAGAACUAACAGCCAGGAAUGGGAAUGGUUGACCAUGAGCUUGUAG